AAAAAUGCGAUUCUCCACGUUUUGGCGUCCGUGGCUGUUGCUUGUAGUAGCCGUGGGCAAUGGAUCGGCCAUAGAUCAAUUGCGCGUGAUUUACAAGUGGAAGCAAAUGGAAUACGACUGGCCAAACGAAGAGACGAAAAGCAUUUUUUCGAAUUACAAGCAGGAAGACAAUUUGCCGCUCGGCUUAGAAGUUGCAGGCGACCGAAUCUUCAUUACGGUUCCGAGAUGGAAGCGAGGAGUUGUAUCCAGUCUCAAUUACAUUAACAUUAAUGAUUCGCGAACGUCGCCGCCCCUUAUACCCUAUCCGUCCUGGGAGAGCCACCAGUACAGCAAGGGCCUUCUGCCCGAAAUUGUCUCGACAUUCCGCGUCAGGGCGGACCGUUGCUAUCGGCUCUGGGUCCUCGAUACGGGCCUCGUCGAUAUUCUCGGCUCGCCCGAGCAACAGGCCCCGCCGACCCUUCUUGUCUACGACUUGACCAAUGACCAGUUACUCCGCAAGUACCCGAUACCCGACGAGCAACGCACCGCCGACUCUCUGUUCGCCAACAUCGCCGUCGAGGAUUACAGCUGCGAGGAUUCGUACGCUUACUUAGGAGACUUGGGUGGCCCGGGCCUUGUUGUUUACUCUUGGAAGUUGGCCAAAUCUUGGAUCAUUAAGCAUCAUUACUUUUAUCCGGAUCCUCAGUCCGGUGUAUUCAACGUGGGUGGUGUAGACUUCCACUGGUCGGAUGGCAUUUUUGGAUUAGCACUUGCACCGACUGGGGAUGGAUUCAGCACACUUUAUUUCCAUCCACUCACAAGUACCAUGGAAUUUUCCGUCAGUACGAGGAUAUUGCGCGACUUUAACAGAAUUGUUGCAUCAGAAACAUUUCAUCAAUUUCAAGUCCUUGGCUCACGCGGAUCAAAUGGUCAAAGUAGCGUUAGUUUCCUCGAUCCAGACACGGGGAUUUUAAUUUACGCUUUGACGAAUCUUAAUGCGAUUGCAUGUUGGCAAACGGGUACCAAAUAUAGCAUACAACAACAGGGCCGAGUUUACAUGAAUAAUGUUACAAUGGUCUUUCCUAAUGAUAUUAAGAUUGACCGCAACGGCACAAUAUGGGUAUUGUCGGACAGGCUACCGACCUUCAUGUACCAGCAACUUGAUCCAAGCGAUUAUAACUUUCGUAUCCUCGCAGGGAACAUCCGAGAAGCCGUCCAGGGUACGAUAUGCUCGGUCGGCAUCUCAAAUCGGAAAACGCCUCCGUCAACUAACUCGAAGGACUUUGGCAAUUCGAAUAGACCGAACCAGCUACCAUCGCAAAACAUUGCCAACUUACGAGCUCAACACAGUCCAGCCACCAUUCUCGGCCUUACCAUUGUUCUCCGCUUCCUUUCAUUACAAGCGUAGAUUUAAUCAGUAUUUCUCAUAUUUCUUUCUUAUUAUUAGCCUCCUUCCUGUGCUGAACUUUUUCGCCCGUUAUGUAGAACGUAUUUUUUCGUAAAGGUAUUUGUCAUGCUCUUGAUUAAAUAAUAACAAUGUUCAAUUUGAAUUUGAAUGUGGUUGCAUUGAGACUCGGUAUAAUGACAAAUGCUAAUUACAUAGUGAUUUGUGUGUUCUCAUAGUUUGUAAGUUCCUAAUUUUAAGCUGCAGUGAGUAUUUUAAUGUUUAAGAACCAAUCGUACAUUCUUUAUUAUACGUAAUUG